AUGCACGACUCUCUCGAAUCUCAAUCAAAACCAUCGAGAAAGGGCAAGGAGCGAGAUUCUACUCAUCGGGAUCUCCCCCAGCGAGAACUCCAGCCCACCGACCUUGACGAGAAAUUAACUGCUUUGCGUCGAAGAACGGCCGCUGCUGUCCGGGUACGAGACAGAUCAGACCGUGAGCGGAUGCAACCCACCCAACCUUCGGUGCCAUCGUCAUCUACAAUUUCUAAAUCAGAACGUUCUCCAAAGCCCCCCGCGCCCUCUGCGUCUCGACAUUCCCCUUCGUUAUCUCGCCGACACCCGUCCCCUCAUGUCGUCGUUUCUCGCCCAUCUGUAGACGCUGACCACGAAGAUUUCUCACGACGGCUUAAAAUAUCUUCUUCGCCAUCCCCUCGUCCCCCUCCGCAUAAGUCAAUUGCCUCAUCCAAGCUUUAUAACCCUGGCACCGACCCUAUUCCGGUGCGCCGCACAGUCGAGCCAGAUGCGAUGUCGGACGACACCGGAAGUUCGUACGCACCUCGGGGCGCUACGUCUCACACCCAUCGCGAUGAUCGUAGCAAUGCUGCUCGUCAGCUAUUCGAUCACCGAAAAGAUGAUCCUGUCCGCUUUUCUGUGCUUGCGCGACCACAACCUGGUCGACCUUCGCCGACCCCAAAAUCCUCAGGGGAUUAUGUAUCGGCAUCUUCCACAUCUUCAUAUGCGGCGUCAAUAUCUUCUUCGACGUUCACACUCUCCUCUACUACCGAUGGAUCGUCUGCAUCGUCAGCUCUGUUCGAUGGACGCCCAGGACAAGGGACUGAAGACUCUGGUAAUAACGUCUUUUCUGUCCAGCUGAAGAAGUUGUAUCGAAAUAUUUCAAGCUUGGAAAACAAGAUCAAGCAAGAAGAUUCCAUGGAGGAAACCGACGACUUGCAGACCAGCAGGGUACUAUUAAAAGGUAAAGAAGCUGAAAGUGAAGAUUUGGAGAAGGAAAAGUGGAAGAAACAAAUUGAAGAUCACAAACAACUUGCGGAAAUAAUUCACAAUCUCCUUGAAAUUUCUCUCGCACCCUCCGUUCCGGCAUCCCUACGGAAUAUCCCGACCAAGUAUAAUAUGAUCGUUCGUCUCUGGACAUACGCUUUCCACAAACUCCUCGAAUCUCUCCGACGUGCAUCUUUUACGUCACCACUAGCCCUCGAACAUCUGCAGGAUUUUAUUUACUAUGCGUAUACGUUUUACACCGGCCUUCUCGAGGAACACACCUUAAAUUCCUUCAAAUCGGGAUGGCUGGAAGCUCUCGGUGAUCUUGCACGCUACAGAAUGGCCGUUGCAGCCAUGGUCAAUGGCGGUGUCAGUGGGCAGGGUGGUCUAACUGCAAAAGCAGUAUCUGAAGCCGCUGCUGCGGAGUCGACACAAAGUAGCACCAUCAACGGCAAUACGUCUGCAGUACCUGUUGCAAAGUCCGUCAGUGAUGCACCCGCUGCUCGGAUAGACGAUAGCCCGUCCCCUAGCGUCGGAAUUGCUGCUGCGCGUUUACUGGACGUUGAGCCUGAGAAGGAACGGUGGCGCAACAUUGCCAGAGAUUGGUAUGGAGCUGGCCUUUCAGAACAGCCAGGGACAGGCAAAUUGCAUCAUCAUUUGGGUCUUUUGUCAAGAGAGGUAGAAAGUGAAGAGUUGAGAGGCGUGUACCAUUUCGUCAAAAGUCUGACAACUCUUCACCCAUUUACCACCUCCCGCGAAUCUAUUCUUCCCCUCUGGUCACUUGCAUCACAAUGUCGACGAUCCCUUCCCGACGCUCGCGCCCCCGAAUUAUUUGUCCUUCUUCAUGGCAUGCUUUUCACGAAUAUCCAGCUUGAUGACUUUCAGCCUACUCUUGCUCGCUUUAUUGAGAGGCUGGAAAUCGAAGGAGUUGAAGAGCGUGAAUGGAUCAUGAUGGGUGUUAUCAACAUUUCUUCAAUCUUGGAAUACGGUCGUCCUAGUGGCAUCCUGCGAAAAGUAGGCGCUGUUGGUCCGAAAGAAGCUGGUGGUCCUCAAGCAGCGGCUAUGCGCGUUAUGGCAAAGAAGGCUGCUGCCGGGGUCCCUGGUUCAGUACCCCUUGACGGCGUGGACGAGGAAAAGAUGGACGUGGAUGACGAUUUGCAGGGAACCGACCCAUCCAUGAAGUCGCAAGACCCUACUGCUCCUGAGCACCCUCCUGCAUUCAAAUUUGCUCUUCAACUCACCUUCUCCAUGCUAGCAUAUGCGCUGCGGCAUCCAACACGCAAGGCCUCGCAAUUCGCUCGAUCAAAUCUCAAUCCCUAUCUGACGAUCCUUCUAACGUUCCUUUCCACCAUUCUGAAGCACGCCCCAACACUAGAGGUGCUGGAGAAGGCCAUUCCUUGGGACGAGCUUGCCGAGUUCUUCACUACCAUUCCACGGAAGGUUAUGACCGCUCAAGGCUUGUUGACCCAGGGCAAAAGUCAGGGUACCACAACAGAGCGUUGGGUGAUGCUCACAAGCGGCUGCGCACCGCCUUUGUCGGAAGACUGGUGCCUGCGUGGGAUGGAGUGGGUCGGACGAAAAGUUUACGAGCGUGGGUUUUGGAAGAGCGGUGAAGAGCGAAAGGCCGAGAUCGAGGUUCUAGAAGAGUGCGAAGGCCAAGAACUGACGGAUGGCCGCAUCGAGGAUGAUGAUGGCGAUGAUGGCGAUAACAAGGCCUCGUCAUCCGGUGGAAGGGACAUAUUCAGGCGAUGGGUUCGCAUCGCGCGAUGCGCUGUGGGUGUUGCAGGCGCCGUCGACGGGUUCGUUUGGAACGAAGGCACCAGGGAAUGGAGCGUGCAAGGGAAACUUGCCGAGAAAGUCAAGCGAUGGAAAGAAGAGGAUGAAAUUGAGAGGGAAGCCGACGAGAGAAGAAGAAUGGGUAGGAGAUGGGCAGAUGAUCCCAUGGAUAUCGAUGAGACUGCCGACGACAGCCUGUCUGAGGAGAGCGACAACGAAGGUGACUCCGAGGAGAUCAAAGCUCUAAAGGAACGCCGUCGAUACCUCAAACAACUCCUACAAUCUGCCCAGCGUGGUUCUCCGUCGUCAUAUCCCGACCGCCCACGAACGCGUGCACCUAGGAAAGAAGUCGACAAACGAGCCGCUCUGCACAUUGUUCCAGGAUAUACUAUCCUCGUCGUCGACACCAAUAUCCUCCUUUCGUCACUUUCCAUGGUCUUGUCACUCAUCGAAAGCAUGCGUUGGACUGUUGUUAUCCCCCUGCCUGUAAUCAUGGAACUUGAUGGACUUUCAUCCAAUGCUUCAGCCCAGCUCGGGGAUGCUGCCCAAGCCGCCAUGGCGUAUAUUUCAAGUCACGUUCGCUCGCACACGCUCUCCCUCAAAGUCCAAACCUCGAAAGGGAAUUACCUUAGCACUUUGAACAUCAGGACAGAAGAGGUCGACUUCGCUGUCAAUGGCAAUAAUGCAGACAGAACUAUGGACGAUCUGAUUCUCAAGGCUGCAAUUUGGCAGGAUGAACAUUGGGUGGAUAGAUCCUCGAUGCUGAACGCAGACCCUGUUACCCCCAAGGAUCUGCAGCAUGCAGUGAAGGUUGUCCUACUCAGUCUCGACCGAAAUUUACGCUUGAAAGCCCGUUCGAGACAACUUCCUGCUGCCAGCGAAAAAGAUCUCGCUUCUCUCCUCGCCAUGGCCACAUGA